AUGUCUAAGACAACACCUGAUAACAAGAAGAGAGACAGGGAGUUUGAAGAUAACAAUUUUGAGGAGGAUGCCAAUAACACAGAUUAUAUCACAGGAAUCAUUUCAGAGAAAAGGGGAAAAAAAGUGCUUGACAAGGGUGGUUCUCCAGCCAGAGUGCUUGAAAAGGAUGGUUCUCCAGCCAGAGUGCUUGACAAGGAUGGUUCUCCAGGCAGAGUGCUUGAAAAGGAUGGUUCUCCAGCCAGAGUGCUUGACAAGGAUGGUUCAUCAGGCAGAGUGCUUGACAAGGAUGGUUCUCCAGGCAGAGUGCUUGACAAGGAUGGUUCUCCAGCCAGAGUGCUUGACAAGGAUGGUUCUCCAGGCAGAGUGCUUGAAAAGGAUGGUUCUCCAGCCAGAGUGCUUGACAAGGAUGGUUCAUCAGGCAGAGUGCUUGACAAGGAUGGUUCUCCAGCCAGAGUGCUUGAAAAGGAUGGUUCUCCAGCCAGAGUGCUUGACAAGGAUGGUUCUCCAGCCAGAGUGCUUGAAAAGGAUGGUUCUCCAGCCAGAGUGCUUGACAAGGAUGGUUCUCCAGCCAGAGUGCUUGACAAGGGUGGUUCUUCAACCAGAGUACUUGACAAGGGUGGUUCUUCAGGCAGAGUAAUUGACGAAAGUAUAGCUCAAAGAUGA